AUGUUAAUUUUAUUUAUGUUCUUCCUGUUUUCUUACUCUGUAUUAGCAUGUGACACUGGUGAAGAAAUACGCAAAAUACAUGAGAUACUUAAACAGCAGCAAUCACAAAUCCUUAAACUACAAAAUGAGAACAAAUCAUUCAAAGCAGAAAAUGCGUUGCUUAUAAAGAACGUUGAUAAAUUAAAUGAAAUCAUUUCCAGAUUAGACCAUACAUCGGAAGGCAAGGCAGUUUUACAGAAGAGAGUGGAGGAUCCAAAGCAAUCCAACAAUGUUAAAGAUGCAUCAUCGGAGGAUAAUAGUGCUAUGCCGGCCAGUGAACCAGUGAUUGUGGCUUUCUCUGCUUACAUGUCAACAAGUGAACACAAUCCAAGCAGCCACCACCAACUAGUCUUUGAUGUCGUACAAACUAAUAUUGGAAAUGCAUACAGCAAAUUUACGGGCGCGUUUGUGACACCAGUCGCAGGUGUGUACGUUUUUACAUGGACGAUAUUUACAGGAGACGAUGGACACACAUAUUUUGACAUUCUGGUAAAUAAUUCGCUGUCUUCCGUAUUGAAUGAAAAGGUUGUAUCUACGAUAGGUUAUUAA